AUGCCAUCAACUCGUAUGUCUAUAAAUAACGAUUCUGAUAAAGAGAACACAAUGGACAUGGAAGAUGUUGUAAUGAACAAUACUAAUAAUUCAAAAGAACAUUCUCAGAAUUCUCGCUUAAAAAAAUAUGAAAAUAUUAUUGGGAGCAAUAUCUAUGAUCCUGACCAAGAUAAAAACGAGAAAAGAUGGCUACGCAAAGAGUAUAGAAGUCUUAUAGAAGAAACUGAGGAAUAUUUAAGACCUGAUUCUGAUGGCCUUGAAAAAAAUAUUGCUAAAGCUAAUGAAUUAUAUGAAAAAGUAAAAAAUACACACGAAGCAACGCUUGAUUCAAGACUCUUGGUGUUGUCGAGUGAUUUGGGUCUACAGAAAGCUCGUCGUAUGAGAUUGGACAAUAAUUGCUUUGAUACAGAAGAUUAUAUAUCAAAAGUAGUUGGCCGUUUGAAAGUUAGAAAUGCUGAUAAUGAAGAUUAUUAUGAUUGGAAAAAAAUUGGUAAACUUGCUGCACAAUCUACUCUAAGGGUACCCACAACUGGAUUCAUUCUCGGACCUCUUUCAAUUGAACAAAAAGAAAGACAAAAGACUGUGAGAAGGGUUCUUGAGAAACAUGAAAAAGAUCUUAAAACGCCUGUUGAAUUGAAAGAAAAUGAUAUUAGAAGACAAGAAAAUGAAACAACAAGAAAUGUUAGAAUGAUCUAUGACGUUCUAGGAGAAAAUGGAAAAGUUUCAAUAGACGAUGAUAGCGGGCAACCAAUUCUAAGGUUUGAUCAAGAAACAAUUGGUGAUGGAAAUAGAUAUGGACACUUGGAAGGUGAACUUUCUAGUCAAGUUUAUGGCAUUAAUGAGUCUGUAAUUCCAACAAGAGAAAGUAAUCAAGUUGGAAAUGAUGGUAAAUGUCUUAGAAGACGUAUGGAAACAAAAAUUAUAAAUAAAUAA